UAGAGCGGCAUCGCGUGGAGGAAGCGGUGGAGGGUGCGGCGCGUGGAUAAUAGGGUGUGAGGGACUCCGGCUCGGCGUCUCGGGGAUUUGGCUUUCUAUUGUGGCCUCAGCUCCAGCUCCACCUAUGUGGACCGCAGAUGAGAUUGCUCAGCUGUGCUAUGCACACUAUAACGUCAGACUGCCCAAGCAGGGGAAGCCUGAGCCAAAUCGUGAGUGGACCUUGUUGGCAGCUGUGGUGAAGAUUCAGUUUUCAGCUAACCAAGCUUGUGACAUCCCUGAGAAGGAAGUUCGAGUGACAAAGGAAGUUGUCUCAAUGGGAACAGGAACAAAAUGCAUAGGCCAGUCCAAGAUGAGAGAGAGCGGGGACAUCCUCAAUGACAGCCAUGCUGAGAUCAUAGCCAGAAGGAGUUUUCAGAGAUACCUUCUCCAUCAGCUCCAUUUGGCAGCCGUCCUGAAAGAGGAUAGCAUCUUUGUUCCAGGGACCCAAAGAGGACUGUGGAGGCUCAGACCUGACCUGUCGUUUGUGUUUUUCUCUAGCCACACACCCUGUGGGGAUGCCUCCAUCAUCCCGAUGCUCGAGUUUGAAGAACAGCCUUGCUGUCCUGUCAUCAGAAAUUGGGCCAACAAUUCGCCUGUACAAGGGACUGAGAAUCUAGAGGAUUCUAAAGAUAAAAGGAACUGUGAAGACCCCACCAGUCCUGUAGCCAAGAAGAUCAGGCUGGGAACACCUGCCAGGUCACUCUCCAAUUGUGUAGCUCACCAUGGGACCCAGGAAAGUGGUCCAGUCAAACCAGAUGUCAGCAGCUCUGAUCUCACCAAGGAGGAACCGGAUGCUGCCAAUGGAAUAGCUUCAGGUAGCUUCAAAGUGGUGGAUGUGUACAGGACGGGAGCCAAGUGUGUUCCUGGAGAAACUGGAGACUUGAGAGAGCCAGGUGCUGCCUACCACCAGGUGGGGCUACUUCGUGUAAAGCCUGGCAGGGGAGACAGGACAUGUUCCAUGUCCUGCAGUGACAAGAUGGCAAGGUGGAAUGUCCUCGGAUGCCAGGGCGCACUGCUGAUGCACUUCCUGGAGAAACCCAUCUACCUGUCAGCCGUGGUCAUCGGGAAGUGCCCGUACAGCCAGGAAGCCAUGAGGAGAGCAUUGACUGGCAGGUGUCAGGAAACCUUGGUUUUACCCAGAGGCUUUGGAGUUCAAGAACUGGAAAUACAGCAGUCGGGUUUACUGUUCGAACAGAGCCGCUGUGCGGUGCACAGGAAAAGAGGUGACAGUCCAGGCCGACUCGUCCCCUGUGGGGCAGCUAUCAGCUGGAGUGCUGUCCCUCAGCAGCCCUUGGAUGUUACAGCCAAUGGUUUUCCACAGGGAACAACAAAGAAAGAAAUUGGAAGCCCUCGGGCCAGAUCCCGAAUCAGCAAGGUGGAACUCUUUAGAUCAUUCCAGAAGCUGCUGAGCAGCAUAGCAGAAGACGAGCAGCCGGACUCCGUCAGGGUAAUGAAGAAGCUGGACACCUAUCAGGAGUACAAGGAUGCUGCGUCUGCCUACCAGGAAGCCUGGGGUGCCCUCCGCAGGAUACAGCCGUUUGCAUCCUGGAUCAGAAACCCACCCGACUACCACCAAUUUAAAUGAACUCUUGCUGGUAUCAGGACCCUUCGUAUCGGUCUGCCUCUCCCUUCAUGCUGAACAAACCUCUGCUUUUCUGGUGGUUAAAUCCAAGGAGAAAGAGCUGCCUUCUCCCAGAGCGCUGCACCUCUCUGGUGUCAUAAAUGGAUCCCAGAACCUCAGCAAUCUAUACUUGACUGGAGCAGCUCUGUGCUAAAAUAGCCUAUCAGUAAUGCUCUUGGUGUCUGCCUUCAAUUGUGUUUUAUUGGUUCUUUAAAAUACAGCAUCAGAUGCUUUUAAAGUAACGUGCAGCGG